CCUGGCUGCUCCUACCAUAUCCCACCAUGAAACAGUUAAAAAGUCCUGAAUGUUAAUCCAGGAAGUUGGCCGAGGGCUGAUACAAGGAAGAACAGCUGCAACACUUUAUACAGCCUGAGAUAUCCGCACAACAAGCUGUGGAUCCAAAGAAAGGCGAAACUGGAACAAAGAUGGAAAUAGGGGACUAUUUCACAUCAAGAACAUCUGCUAACGGAGCUGCUAAGAAUGAAGAUGAAAUAGAAAUCAAGUAUGCCUUACUGGGUGCUGGAAUAGGAAUAUUUCUCGUCAUCUCAUUUGUUUUGGUUAAGAUUUACAUGAUUAAUAAACACAUUUAUGAAAAUGACUUAACAGAUACUCCAUCCAGACAAAGCCAUUCAUUAAGAGAAGAGAGAAACAGAAUCGUCCAGAACUAAAAGUGGCAGGAGCUGUGAACAGAGAAUAAACUCACAAUUCCACUUCCUUGAAGGAAGAAAAAAGCAAUUAUCUCACUUAGCACACUGGGCAAAUUUGGAUUCGUUAUCAGAUAUUACAGAGAAUUGCAAAGAAUAUGCAGCGCAGAACGGGGCCAUUUGGCCCAAGCAGUCCGUGUCAGCAUCUAGAUGCCACUCAAAGCUUCUUCCAUCCAUCCUCAUUGAUGUCUACCAGCAUAACCCUGUGCUGCCUGCUCCCUAAUCUAGCCUCCUCUUCAAUGCCAUUCAUCUCAGCCAAUCCUUGUGCUAAUGAGUUCCACAUUCUCGCCACUCUUUGGAUAAAGAAGUUUCUUCUGAGUUCUCCUUAUGAUUUCUUAGUGACCAUCUAAUGGAUUGAUCGCCUCUAGAUUUGUUGAAACAAUGUUACAUUCCUGGCAUAUAUAACCUAAUACUUUCAACCCUAGAGUACUCUCAGAGCAUGCGAUAGGAUUGCCUCUUAUACACCCACACCUGGUCACCACAUAUUAUAGCAGUAUGGACCAAUCCUGUUGACCCUUUAUAUCUUAUGAAUGUCGGGGAGCAUGACACUCACACAAACAAUUUCUUGUCAGUUUUUGUACCUGGAUAUAAUGAAGUAGGAUCACGGAACUGCAUUAUGAAAUAGAUUUUGGGUUAACCCCCAUCUGAUUGCAAGUUAUUUUCCUUGGUAGGUCAUUUUCACAGAAGGUUUUACAUCACUAUUGUGCUGCCAUCACUAUUAUCUUGCCAGAAUGGUAACCAGACCCUAAGCUAUUAUCUGCUUGUCAAUGCUAAUGAAUAGUAUGUGUAUUGGAAACAUGUGGAACAUAUCACCAGAUAAAUUGUAUGUAUGAAAUAUCGUUGUACCUGUAGUGGUUAAAUGUAAAAUAACUUGUGUGGAGCUCUGGCAGACUGACUGGUCUGUUUCUGUGCUUUGUAACUCUUCGUUACCUGUUCUGUAAACCUCAUUCCAUCAGUGAAAAUAGUAGUCCAAAAUGUGGCAGUACAAACCCUGACUGCAUGGUGCUAAUACUUAGCAGUUUUGCAGUUACUUUAGAAGAUGUGUUCAUUGAUAGCCUCUUCGUUGGUUAAGAAAACACAAGCUCUCUUUCAUUCUAAGUGUUUUAUGUAAUGUAAGUAGGUGAACCCAGAACAAUUUUUUUUUUUCCUCAUUAAGUAUUUGAAGUAUUACCUGUGAUAUCACGUGGCCUUGAGCCAUUUCUGCUUUGUGUAGGCGAAUGUAAAAUGAAUUCAUUGUAUUAUGGUAGCAUGCAAACUUUUGUAUACAACAGAAUUACGGAAUUGUGAAUAGUGGGAUAUAAAAAGUAAAAAAAAACAGAAAAUGCUGGAAAACUCAGCCGCUAAAAGCUCUGAAGAAGAGUCAUACGGACUCGAAGCGUUAACUCUGUUUCCCUAUCCACAGAUGCUGCCGGACCUGCUGAGUUUUUCCAGCAUUUUCUGUUUUUAUUUCAGAUUUCCAGCAUCUGCAGUAUUUUGCUUCGAUAUAAAAAGUAAUUCAAUUACUGAACAAUCACCUACACCCCAUGUGUAAUCAGAAACUUGUUUCAGACAUUCUGUAUUCUGAUUCUGUACAGACCAACCGACACACUCUCACCUCUCCCUGAGUGAUUUCUGCAGCAUUAAUCACAAGUCCACUUUCAGAAACAAACCCCCCAUAAAGAUCACAGUCCAAGUCAAUCAGCAAACUUCAAUCCUAAAUUUCUUUUACAGGUUAAAAAAAGUUUUCUUUUGCAAUAACAUAUUUAAUAUUAUACAAUUAUUAUGUAGCAGCACUCAAGAAAUAUAUACAAAGCGUGAUUUUAAAUUCUAUAUAUGCUGUGAGUAACUUAAUGAAACGUAUUAUUAAAAGUUUAUUUUCUCAUUUGAA